AAAAUGGUGUCUUAGAGCCCAAAAUUUCCCACCGAACCAAAUUUCGUGCCGACUUUUGGAUUAAAAUCUCUAUAAGCGCAAAAUUUGGCUUUUUGAAUAGCUCUGUUUUAUACACAAGGACCACAAGAUGGACGCGAAGAUGGCACAGAAGACCUGGGAGCUGGCCAAUCAGAUGGAGACCGUGAGCAGCGUGGACGAAAUUUACAAGUACGACAAGAGGCAACAGCAGGAGAUUCUGGCAGCAAAGCCAUGGACACGGGACAACCACUACUUCAAGUACUGCAAGAUUUCAGCUCUGGCACUGCUGAAGAUGGUGAUGCAUGCCCGGUCCGGUGGGAACUUGGAGGUGAUGGGAUUGAUGCUGGGUAAAGUUGACGGAGAGACUAUGAUAGUCAUGGACUGUUUCGCCCUGCCCGUGGAGGGUACAGAAACGAGGGUUAACGCACAGGCGGCAGCGUAUGAGUACAUGGCAGCCUAUAUUGAGAGUGCAAAACAGGUGGGCAGGCUGGAGAAUGCUAUAGGCUGGUACCACAGCCACCCUGGGUAUGGCUGCUGGCUGUCUGGUAUUGAUGUGGGUACUCAGAUGUUGAACCAGCAGUUCCAGGAGCCUUUUGUGGCUAUUGUGAUCGAUCCAACAAGAACAAUAUCGGCUGGGAAAGUGUGUUUGGGCUCAUUCAGGACUUACCCUAAGGGAUACAAGCCACCAGAUGAAGGUCCCUCUGAGUACCAGACUAUUCCUCUGAACAAGAUAGAAGAUUUUGGUGUCCACUGCAAGCAGUACUACUCCUUAGAAGUGACCUACUUCAAGUCUGCACUUGAUCGGAGGUUGUUGGAACUAUUGUGGAACAAGUACUGGGUCAAUACACUCAGCUCCUCUUCACUUAUAACUAAUGCAGACUACACAACAGGGCAGGUAUUCGACCUGUCAGAGAAGUUAGAGCAGUCUGAAGCCCAGCUGGGGAGAGGCGGCUUCAUGUUGGGAGUGGAUCAUCAUGACAAGAAGUCUGAGGACAAGCUGGCAAAGGCUACAAGAGACAGCUGCAAGACCACCAUUGAGUCCAUUCAUGGAUUGAUGUCACAAGUCAUCAAAGACAGACUGUUUAACCAUGUGGGCAAACCCAAAGUCUGAGAUGUUGAACACUU